GUUUAUAUACGGUUACCGUCUCCCAAAAAUAACAUAUACUGCUCGAAACGACUGCCUUCUUCUCUUCUUUCUUUCUACUCAUAAAGUAACAUUUUCAUUGUAUUUUUGUAUUCUACUUUUACUAUCACACACAUACGACAAGCAGAUCACAGCAUACACAUAUACACCACUCUGAACGAUGCGCUUGAUCUACACUAUACUACUGAUUUUCCUUAUCAUUGGCACUUUUAUUGCUCCUCGUCAUCAUACUACAUCGGCAGCACCGGUGGAGGUCGAUGUCGUUUUCGACAAACGUGGGGUACAAGACUUUCACAACACUACUCCAACCCCAACAUCAUCAUCGUCUUGUCAUCAGAGAGACAACAACGACAAUAAAAAGCGCGACCUACUUGCUGCUCGCGCUAAUACCGAUGAUGAUAAUAACGACAAUAACAGUGAUGAUGACUGCCCAACAGAAACUACUACAGCUACUGAAACAGCUACAGAGACAUCAUCUUCAGAAGAUUAUUCCGAUGCUCCAGAGGCCAUUUACGGCGAGGACUGGGUGACACCGCAGAUGGGCGUCGCUGGCGCAGUGCUCAUUGUCCUUGGGCUUUAUUUGAUGGUGUUUGGUUUUCGUUGCUUCCGUCCGACACUAGCUGUCGCUGGCUUCCUUACAUUUGGUCUCAUUACAUGGGUGGGCAUGACCAACAGCCAGUCUGCAAAUGGUUUUACGAAUGAUGCCAUCACCAUGCUCGCUGUUCCUGCAGGUCUAGGUGUUCUCGGAGCCAUCCUCUACUCAUUCCUUUGGAAUGUAUCCAUUUAUCUUGUCGGUGGUAUGGGAGGCCUUGCUUUUGGCUUGUUCAUCCUCUGCUGGCGCGAAGAUUUGGUUAUCACUCAGAACGUGCCACGAGCUUGUUUCCUUGUCGCCAUCUCACUUUUCUUUGCAGCCAUCACAUUUUUUGGCGAGCGCUAUGUUGUCCUCUUUGCUACGUCUUUUACUGGCGCCUAUAUUUUCAUUGUCGGCAUUGAUUUCCUCACCCAUACCGGAUAUAUCGCUGGAGUUAAAUCCGUCCUGGAUCAAAACCCGUUGCAUCGAGUCAAAUACACCAUUGAUCGAAAGGUGUAUGGCAUGAUGGCUGUCAUCAUUGUCCUGUUCCUAAUUUCCUUUGGCUGGCAGUUCUUCUACAACCGCGGCCGAGACUUCGGCGUGAAUGUUGAACCAGUCAAGAAAGGUGCAGACGGUGGUGAAAGCGGUGGGCCGGCUGGUGGAAGCGAACCUAGUGGUGGCGGAGGCGGUAAUGACGCCGGGAGCGGUGGCGGCGAGAAGACAGAAGGCUAGAAACCUUUUCUCUUUCAUCUCCCUUGCGUUUCUUUCUCUCUCAUACCAGCUUUCUCAAAAAACAUGCAUUGAUUCAUCGUCUUUUUUUUAAAUGUAUA